GCUUCUGCUCUCGAACGAACCGCGAGCUUUUUUGGGUGUCAGUGAUUUAGGCUGUGUACUGCGGCUGCUGCUACUGCGAGCUCUCACCAUUGAUUAUUCCAGACUCCACUGCUGCUGUGGAAAGUAACAGUGUGGAGCUUUGUUUUCUAUUUUUACGAUUUUACGAGUUUCAUGUCGGCGGAAAUCCGCACUGCGAAUCCAAGAGGAUCGCGGUGAUGAGAAGCUCAGACAACCGACACCUCGCAUUGGAAAAGCUACUAGCCACACUCACAAAUGGGACUAGGAUUGGCGGGUGGAAGAGAGGGCUUGCGCAGUGCUAGGCUUCGUUAACCAGUCGCGUUGGCCGAGGAACGCAAUCGCCGCAACUGCUAUGCCGAAUCACAUGAAAGCUCUCUACGAUCAGGUGGUGUUCGAGCGCCGUAUUUUGCUCGGCUGCACGGUUCUGCUUGGGUUGUCGGUGUGCGUAUGGGCAGUGUCGAUCGGUACUGACCACUGGCUGACGGCUUUGCCACCAGUCGACCAAGAUAUCAUUGUCAGCCAGUCGACGCGCAACGGCACCAAGCACUUCGAAGGCGGGCACUCCGGAUUAUUCAAAGCUUGCACUUACGGAUACAUCGAUCAUCGAAAUGGAAGCGAGAAGACUCCUUAUCGAGAAUGCAGCCAGAACGACAUGUUGCCCGAGGAGAUGAAGCUUAAACAAAAACGACGACAGGAUUCUGACAAGACACUCGAUAGUUAUGCCAGAACAGAUGUUUCAUUCGCUAUCAUUAGCAUGUUCGUUAUGGUCAUGGGCUUUGGAUUUUCAAUUUAUACGUUCCGCAACCCACGCUAUAUGUUCAAGCGAUUGGCCGGAGGUAUUGAUUUUAUAACGUGUGCAUGUACAAUGGUAGUAAUCCAAGUGUUGAUAGGUUCCAAAGAUUACGGCAGCAAGCGCGACAACUGGAUCUUCCCGAAAGAGGCAGAGCUGUCAUUCGGCUACUCUCUGAUUCUCGCGUGCUUCGUCUUCUUGGCUAAUCUCGUGGCCGGCUGUGCGUUUAUGAUAUUUUCGAGGAAGCGUAAGCGCGACAGAGCGCCCAAUGACGAGCUUGCAAUGGCGGACGAGCCGACGAUAAUCGGACGUUGAAGUGCUGGUCCUUUGCCAAUCAAAUUGGAAUGUUAUCGUCGUUUGGCGCUCGAUUCGAUGGUUAUGACCGCUGCCGGGACUCUUUUCAAAAGCUUUUAUCGCGUAGAAUGUCUCUUUAGAUGAAAAACUCGUGCCAGAGAACUCGUUGUUGAACAAUAAUGCCACGAAGUUUAACCAAAGAUAACGUAUGACUUUGCGAUUCGUAAGUCGCAAAAAAGAUGAAUAUAUAUAUAGUGAUAAGCUUAAUAAUAUUUUCCGCACCAUUUGAUGAAACAAAAGCACCUUCGCCCAACCAAAGCCACAGUUGAUUCUCUGCCUCGAGCGGCAAGUGCAACGCAAUCGUGUAAAUGUAAAUGAAAGCGCGCGUAGUCAAGUGAGUGAGAGAGUGUCAAAUUACUACGACGGCGCAUCGGGUAAUGGUACGAACGAGCUUAGAAAGAAGUAUCAAUAAGCAACGUCGCUUGUGAAAGGCGAGAUGGUGCUCUUAAGAUGGUGGCUUUACAAGAAUAAGCUUUUUGUGCUUGAUGGCUCUCUAUGACUGCGAAAAAUAUUCAACGCUCACACUUUCUACCGGAAAAAUAAUUAAACUUUGCAAUACUGAAAUAAUCCAUCCCCGACAUUGUUAACUUCCCUCGCUACGUAGAAAUAUGAAAAUCUCCGACGUUUUUUUUCUUUCCAAAUGUGUGACAACAAAUGUAAAAGGUUGAUUUACCAAUUCUCAAUCACAUACUUUCAUAUCACGAUGAUACCGUUUCUAUUGUCGAAAUAAUAAAAUUUUCAAGUUUCGAAAUAAGCAAGAUGACCAAUUGUGGGGAGCCAAUGAAAUUAUAGUUUGCACCUGAACCAGGUAUAUUUUUACAAAAUACUUAACUAUUAUCUUCGCACGCGCGAACAUUUAAGGGCCAAAUGUGAAUGUAAAUUAAAAAGAAAGGUUCGAUAUUUUUGGAUUGAGAAUAUGCGUAUGUACUAGGCACUUUGUAAUGUAUCAAGAUUACUAUUAUGAAGAUCUACUAACAGAGCUUAGAAAUCUUUCUAGUUUUAAAAAUAUAUAUAAACUAACACUACGACGCAGCGAUUUUUCGUCCUUGGAACAAAGUUCCUUAUUUUCUCACACUUCUAAACUUGUAAAUAAUAAGAGAAAAGUUGUGUAUAUUCUUGUGGUAUUAUUUAUGUCAUAAAUAACAUGCAUGUAUAAUCUGUACGUCGUUAUCAAUCUUUUUUUUUCUUACAAACAUUUCAUUGUUAUAAAUA